AUGUGUGAUAUGAAUUUUCAUUCCUGUGAAGUAGAAGAAUAUGAUGUGCCAGGGAUAUUUAGCAAUGGGGAUCUGAUUAUUGGAGGUGUUUUUCCAGUUAAACGUUCUAUAAACACAGUAGAUAUGUUGUUUACUUCAAAACCAAAUUUUCGAAUGUGUGAAAAUAGCUUUGACUUUAGGAGCUACAGAUGGAUAAGGGCAAUGAUAUUUGCCAUUCAUGAGAUCAACAGAAAUAAUAUUUUACUGCCCAACUUAACAGUCGGUUAUGCAAUCUACGACACCUGUGACAACACUGCAAAAGCAGCAGAAGAGAUGUUUACUUUAAUGUCUGGGCAAGAAAAAUAUAUUCCCAAUUAUCUCUGUGAAAUGAAAUCCUCCUUAAAUGCAGUGAUAGGGGAGUCUGCUUCAAGUAUAUCAAUAGCAAUGGCACGAAUCCUGAGCGCAUUCUAUUACCCACAGGUGAGUUAUUUUUCUUCUAUUAGUAUCCUCAGCAAUAAACAGGAUUUUCCGUCAUUUUUUAGGACCAUUCCGAGCGACACAUUUCAGACCACUGCCUUUGCUGAGAUGGUAGAACACUUUGGCUGGAAGUGGGUUGGUACAUUGGCUGAGGACAAUGAUUAUGGCCACUUGGGAGUUCAACUUUUUACAGAACAGGUAGAGAGGCUGGGAAUAUGCAUUGCCUUUUCUGAGACAAUCCCAUUAGUUUAUUCAAAGGCCAGGUAUGCAGAUAUUGCUUCUACCAUAAAACAUUCCUCUGCAAAGGUUAUCAUAGUCUUUUCUGGAGACACCAAUUUAGUACCACUAGUCUGGGAAAUAGCCAAGGAAAAUAUUACAGGGAGAACAUGGCUGGCAAGUGAAGGAUGGAGCACAUCUGCAUUUGUAAUAGAGAAAGAGCAGGCUGCUUUUUUCAGUGGUACACUGGGAAUCGCAAUACCCGAGGGGAAAAUUGCAGGACUGAAAGAAUUUGUCUACCAGCUGAAUCCCCUUCAGAAUUCUGAAGAUUUUAAUGUCAAGACGUUUUGGGAAUUUGCAUUUGACUGCACCUGGCCUGAUAAUCAGAGGGCACAACAAAACUCCACCCUUUGCACUGGGCAUGAGGAUCUUUCAGUUAUAUCAAAUCCGUACACUCAAGUCUCCCAGCUAAGAAUAACUUAUAAUGUUUACAAUGCAGUUUAUGCCAUUGCCAAUGCCCUCAAGGAUUUGUUUUCUUGUGGAAAUAAUAUGGCCUCAUUUGACAAUGGAGCAUGCACAAGCAUUCAUAAUGUUAAACCGUGGCAGGUAGUGAAGUCCUUAAAACAGGUACAUUUCACAGAUCAGGCUGGAAAACAAUUUUACUUUGACCAAAAUGGAGAUCCAGUGGCAAAGUAUGAUGUGUUGAACUGGUACAAAGGAGCAGAUGGUCUUCUUGUUUACAGAAAGAUUGGCAGCUAUGAUGGUGGCGCACCCAAAGGACAUCGGCUAGUUAUCAGCGAACAGGAUAUGAUAUGGAAUGAGGACCAGUUGAAGCCUCCACGCUCAGAAUGUAGUAUGAUUUGUAAGCCAGGAUUUAGAAAAAGCAUCUUGCAGGGUCAACCGGUUUGCUGCUUUAUUUGUAUCCCAUGUCCUGAAGGAGAGAUUGCAAAUGGAACAGAUUUCACGGAAUGUAUAAAGUGCCCAAUGGACUAUUGGUCAAACAAGAAUAAAGAUUCAUGUGUACCUAAAGAGGUGGAUUACCUUUCAUUCAAUGAGCCACUAGGAGUCAUAUUUACAGUGUUUGCUAUUUUAGGUAUCUGUAAAACAAUGGCAAUCACAGUGGUGUUCAUACGUUUCAUGCACACCCCAAUAGUGAGGGCUCACAACUUAGAAAUGAGCUUCCUGCUGCUGUUUUCUCUCACUCUCUGCUUCCUGGGCUCUCUUACAUUUAUUGGCGAGCCAAGCAUUGGAUUAUGUAUCCUACGACAAACAGUGUUUGGGAUUAGUUUUGUCCUGUGCAUCUCAAGCAUUCUUGUCAAAACACUUGUUGUCAUUCUUGCCUUUACCAUGUCAAAGCCCAACCAAAAUGUGCUAAAACAUUUUCGACCAUGUCACCAAAGGGCAUUUGUUGGAUUAACCACAUUUGUGCAAAUUAGCAUCUGUGUUGGAUUCCUGACAGCCAAUACUCCCUCCAUUAAAAAGAACACAAAAGCUAUGAUGACCAGGAUUGUUCUAGAAUGCAAUCCUGAACUGGCCUUUCUAUUUGCCAUUGGGUAUAUUGGCUUACUGGCUUUGGUAUGUUUUGUGUUAGCUUUUUUGGCUAGGAAUCUGCCAGACAAUUUUAAUGAAGCUAAAUUUAUAACAUUCAGCCUGUUAGUAUUUGUAAUGGUCUGGAUCAGCUUUAUUCCAGGUUAUGUUAGUACAAGUGGCAAAUAUUUGACGGCAGUAGAAAUAUUUGCCAUUCUUUCCUCUGCCCUUGGCUUGCUGACUUGUAUUUUCUUUCCCAAAUGUUAUAUUAUUUUGUUAAAACCAUCCAAAAAUAUUAAAAAGAACCUAAUUGGACGCUCACACCUUGUAAAAUAA